AUGGGUUGUACUGAUUGUACAUGUAAUCUUUUAAGAUUCAACCUUGUAACAGAGAACUUCAGUCAAACACUGGCCUUCCCUCCAGACAGCUACAAAAAAGGCAAUGUGACAUACCAUUUUAAGAAACAUGGCCGGAUGAUACAGGUUGCACAGCUUCCAGCAGAGAAGUCAGAUAUCUUCAUUCAGUAUUUACAAGAUAACAUCCCUCCAGGUGUAUCACUACACAUGGAGCUGAAAAAGUGGCAAGAUUUUGUUGCACCUCCUGAUCCAAGACUUCUAGAACAAGAAAGGCUAGAAAGAGAAAAGAUUGAAGCGUGGAAGAGAAAGAACCAGGAAGACAAAUGAAGUAGCAUACACAAAGGAUUAUGAAAGAACCCUAAAGAGAACUUGCCAUGCAAUAUCCUCUGAUUCUAACCCGAGCUCUUAGGCUUAUGUAACAAAUAACCCAGACUACAUCUUAACUGAGGUGAUUCUGAAAUAAUGGUCGAAGAGACGGAAAGUCUCGAAAGAUAAUUGGAAGAAGAAAAGUGGGAUAAAUUGUCAAAAUGAACUGUUUCCGUGACCUCAAACCUUUUAUUUACUGUUCUGGACAUAAUAUUUUGGGUGAUUCUGAACUGAUAAACCUUCGGUACCAACUGAGUUUGCUUUAAACACGGAAUGGUCUAAUAGAGAUGUCAGUGACGUGACGAGGACUGUGAGACCUGUAACGCGAUAUUAGUGCGAGUUUAGUGGUGGGCAAAAAGCGACGACAGCCACAGGUCUCGCAAGCUCCUUGGGAUCCGUCAACAUUAUAAUAACUUACAUUCAGUCGCGUAACACUGUGGAAAUAUAACAGUUAGAAUGGGAGUGUAACGAUGUUUCAUAACAAUUCGAAAUAUGGAAAAGCAAUCCAAUAUAAACGACUUACUUUGGACUCUUCUGUGGGCUGGUUGUGUUCCCGUGGCGUUUUGGGGCCGUUCAGUAAAAAUAAAACUCACUGAAAUCGCCUUGAAACGGCCCCAAAACGGCCCCAAAACAACGGAAACAAGUUGAAACAUAAGUACUCAAAAAAUGGAGUCUUAUCCAAAAUCAGCCAUUGCUGAAGAUGAUUUACAAAACGCCUAUUAUAACAUUCAAGAGAGAGAAAUCGUUUGAACACAUGCUUGUCAGAGCAAACUUUCGAAGACUAUUAAAUAGGACCCAAUCGCUAAACUACAUGUACACGUUGGCGAGUAUGUGUACGUGUGGGCCCGUCAAUAACCUUUUCAAUCAGUGCUAGUUUGCCUCCUUUCCCCACCAAACAAUUCAAACAGGUAUUUAGUUAUUGUAAUGAUUUCAUUAUCUUGAUCAAGGUGUGUGGUUGAAAAAUAUUCUUUUGACGGUUUUGGCUAUUUCUGAAGGCAAACUAAUUGCUUCAUCCUUUAGGUUAAACGAACCCCUUUUUGAUGCGUGUAGUGAAAAAUCCUAUUUUUCAAUACCGGUCACCUUUGCCUCUUCAGUAUGAUCAUGAUUGCGCUUCCAAAGCCAUUUAACCUAGCAAUGGUACAGUUUUGGCCCGUCAGUGCAGAGGCUAAGUUAGAAGCAAAAGUUUCCAAAUAAACACUUUGCCGACUUUUUCAUGCAAAAGUCUCCACACGAAACAAGCAUCAGAGCAACAUAUGCAGACGCAGCAAGGUGUUGAUAACCUGCAACCUUUGCUAGGAAAAUGUCCUGACAAAAGGCGUUAAUUAGCAACACCUUACUGCGUCUGCAUAUGUUGCUUAUGUGCCACUUAAUGACAAGCAGCCACCCUACCCUCCCUGCUCCUCCCCCAACCCCUACCAUUAAGCUGGGCUGCAAAACAGUUUUCAUUUUCUCAGUUGUAGGAAAUAGGAGUGGCUGGUAGGAGAGAUUUCUUGGAUUUUUACCACGCCCCCACUGACCUGGCUGGGCGGAAAAGCGGAGUUUCCACUGUUGAGUAAUCAGAAUACCUCAAAGAGGCUGCAUUUUCCAAUUCAUCAUGAAUUGAUCAUCAGCAAGAUGCUUGAAAAAAUUAUCCAGGCCGUUCAUCAGGACUAGUUUCUUUCCACGAAUUGAUUGACUCCACUCAAACCAUAACGAUGUCUUUGUCUCCUCCAUUUUUGCCAUCACGGUAAAAUAACUUUUCUGUCUUUAAUAAUACCAACCAUAAGGUUGUUUGUAUACGGAAGGCAGAAUGUUAUUUUUAGUCUGGGGAAGGGGGAAGGGCAGACUCAAAACGUUGCAGGGCACAACAGCGAUUUUAACAGGAAAUCAUAAUCUACCAAAAAGUAGGAGGGUGGGGGACUAAUUCACCCGUAAAGUUACAAUGUUGCAAAUAACAAUCCUCAAUUGCAAUCUUAAAAAAAAAAAA